ACGGAGCCGGUGGAACCCGCCCGGCCGGCGGGGGCGGAGGUUCGGACUUCCGCCGCCGCUGCCGCUGCCGCCGCCUCCUGCCGCGGUGGUCGGGCUCCAGCUGGUGCGCGGUUGCUUGGUUGUCGGGUACCGGACGCGGCCUCGGAGAGUCUCUCUCUCGCGCUUAGUCGCCGGCGCGGACGUCGAGGCGCACCUGCGGAGGGGGCAUCUGCGCGUGAGGAGGGGCAAGGGCAUGGUCCGAGUCUGAGGGACCCACGCUCCAGCCUGUACGCGGUGGCCCCUGGCUGGGGUGAAGCUCCCCCGUCUUUAUUCUUGUCCCGCACCGGGUGUGGGCCCCUGGCUGCAGGAUGAACUGCCGCUCGGAGGUGCUGGAAGUGUCGGUGGAGGGGCGGCAGGUGGAGGAGGCCAUGCUGGCUGUGCUGCAUACGGUGCUUCUGCACCGGAGCACGGGCAAGUUCCACUACAAGAAGGAGGGCACCUACUCCAUUGGCACCGUGGGCACCCAGGACGUGGACUGUGACUUCAUCGACUUCACCUACGUGCGGGUCUCCUCCGAGGAGCUGGACCGUGCCCUGCGCAAGGUGGUCGGGGAGUUCAAGGACGCGCUGCGCAACUCUGGGGGCGACGGGCUGGGGCAGAUGUCCCUGGAGUUCUACCAGAAGAAGAAGUCCCGCUGGCCUUUCUCGGACGAGUGCAUCCCCUGGGAAGUGUGGACGGUGAAGGUGCACGUGGUCGCCCUGGCCACAGAGCAGGAGCGGCAGAUCUGCCGGGAGAAGGUGGGCGAGAAGCUCUGUGAGAAGGUCAUCAACAUCGUGGAGGUGAUGAACCGGCACGAGUACCUGCCCAAGAUGCCCACGCAGUCGGAGGUGGACAACGUGUUUGACACGGGCCUGCGGGACGUGCAGCCCUACCUCUACAAGAUUUCCUUCCAGAUCACCGAUGCCCUGGGCACCUCGGUCACCACCACCAUGCGCAGACUCAUCAAAGACACACUUGCCCUCUAGGCCUUACUGGGGCCACGGGCUCUCCUGGACGGCUUGCAGGCCUUGGCUUCUGGGGAUCGCACCGCGGGGCCCUUGGGGCUCUGGAACCUGCUCCAGGUCCUUGAGGAGACUUGGAAUGGCCACCCCUGGCUUCCUUGUUUUGUGGUUGCCGGUCUUUGGUCAUCCCUUUAACCUUUGCUAAUGGUCAAAUCUGGCCUUCACUGUCUCUAUACACCCCUGUGGGGGUCCCCCUUCCUCCACCGUAUGGAAGGGCCAUCGCUAGGAUGGUGAAUAAAGUUGAGAAUGUGUUUAGGUUGC